AUACAGCAAAUACUGUCAAUUUCAAAUUCUCAGUAAUUGUCUUAUAUUCAGCUGUUCCAGUUGUUUCAUGUAAAUAAUUUUAUUUAUUGCUAAAGCGCUUGCGCGAGUGAUUACGUAGUGUCGUUCUUUGCAGUGUUCCAAAUAUUCCAUUAUUUUUUUAUAAUAAACUUUCAUAAAAAUAUUAUAUUAUUUCUGAAAUAUUUUAUUUUUUAAUUGUGUGCAUAGUAUUAAGUGUAACUUGUUUUCAUAAAAAGAACAAUAUUAUAGUGCAGAAUGGCUGAAGAGAAGGUCAAUGGAUAUCACAAAGAAGAUUUACCUCUUGGGGUCAAGGUGGAAGAAAUAGAAAUUCCGGUACCUUGGGGCCACGUCGCGGGUCGAUGGUGGGGGCCGAAGAACAAGCAACCGAUGAUCGCAAUUCACGGUUGGCAGGAUAACGCUGGCACUUGGGACAAAUUGAUACCUCUCCUCCCAGCUACCACAUCUGUUCUCUGCAUCGAUUUACCUGGACACGGAUUGUCCUCUCACUACCCAACGGGUAUGCUGUAUUAUAUAUUCUGGGAUGGAAUUGUUCUUUUACGGAGAAUAGUAAAAUAUUUUAAGUGGAGUAAGAUUACACUCAUGGGACAUUCGCUAGGAGGCGCUUUAAGUUUUAUGUAUGCAGCAUCUUUUCCUGACGAUGUCGAUAGAAUUAUCUGCAUCGAUAUAGCGAGUCCAGCUGUGAGAGUGCCGGAGCAUAUGGUUAAGAAUACUAGUGGUAUGAUCGAGAAGAAUCUUGAAUACGAAAACUUGCCAGAGGACAAAAUACCCUGCUACGAUUACGAAGAAAUGAUCGAUAUAGUUUGUGAAGCGUACAAGGGAUCAGUGUCGCGGGAGAAUUGCAAAGUUCUAAUGAAAAGGGGUAUGGCCCCGGUUCCAGCGCAUAUGAAGAAGAAAGGUUUUUACUUUAAAAGAGAUCCCAGGCUUAAGGUGGCUGGACUAGCGAUGAUGUCAAUCGAAACGGCUCUAGAAUAUGCGAGCAAAGUAACUUGUAAGGUUUUAAACAUAAGGGCUAUACCGGGUCAGAAGUGGGAGAGACUGGACUAUUACCUGGACGUCGUUGAAAAACUGAAACAAAACGCUGACGUUAAUUAUAUCGAAGUAGAGGGAACACAUCACGUCCAUUUAAAUGCACCACAGAAUAUAGUCACUAUCAUUGAAGAUUUCUUAGAACUUUAUUAGUUUAAUUUAUAGGCUUAAUUAAUACUGGUGAUAUUUAAUGUGAUGCAAUAAAAUAGGAACGACAGCACAAUAUAUAUUUACGUUAAUAGAUAGUGCCUUUGAGGCGUUUUUAUAGAAGCUUUUCAAAAGCUUUUUCGUAAAUGAUAUUUAUCGACGGGUAAAAUUUUAAGGUAUUUCUUUCCAGUCUAGUAACAGUUUUAUUAAUAAUAUAAACGCUAGAAUUGUUCAUGUAUUUAUUUUAUCGAAACGCUAUAUUGUAUUCAUUUGAAUUUCGAAAUUAAUUACCACAUUGUAAUAUAACUGAAUUAAUUUAGACAGAUUAAAAUAUUGAUAUUCGAUCAUCCAAAUACCAAAUGACAUUAGCAUCUAAAAAUAUUUCAAAAGAAAAAUAUAGUUUCUUUAUUUGAAUUUAAAUUCUUGCGGUGACGAAAAUAUAAAUUAUUCAAAGAACCAAAGGUCAGCUCUGUUACUUAAACGUAUUGUUUCAAUAAGUAUCUAUUUAAUGUAGUGACGUUUUGAAUCAACUCGAAAUCGUAGAUGUUCGAACAAAAUAGCAACAAAUUACGUUUAUAUAGAUAGCUAAACGCAUUAGAUAUUUAUUCAUGUAUGCACUGGAAAAUAUUACAGUAACGACCGACACGUUUAUAUCGAUGUUCAUUGGUGCAAAUUAAAUAUUGUCUUGCAGCGAGAAACAUUCGAUUUACUAAAAAAAAAUAUUUCAAGGAUUGUACCUAAGUAGGUAUUUUCAGACGGGAUGAUACACCAUACAAGCAAAUUUGUUCAGACAUUUAAUUGUAUGUUUACACUCACACACACAACUAUGAACCCUGAAAACAUUACACCUAAGAUUAUUUAUAUGUAUCUAGAUAGAGUCUCGCACUACAAAAGAACUAUAACAAACGAGCUAACUUAAUUAUCUUGGUGUGCGUGACAGCUACGCUUGAAACUCACCAAACGUCAUAUUACUUUACUAGUGUGCGUGUACUUCGUGGUCAAUUGAUGGCCCUUAUUUUCUUUAGUGCGUUCUCAGUAUGACAAUCUAUCUAGGCAUAUAUAAUCAAAGCAUUACACUCUUUUUAAGGUAAUCCAGUAAUAAAGCCGAAGCUAACUAGGUGUUAAAUAGUAUUACCAAUAAAAUUCUCGUUACCUUUAAUAAAUUUUCCAGUACGUUUAAAUAUGCUUUACAAUAUUUCCGCAGAAUAAAUAAAUAUAAGCAAUGUAUACACUAUAUCCUGCUUACGCUGAUUUCAUAUUAAUGCACACGUGUGUUUCAAAGUUAACCUUUUGACAUUCAUAUCUUAACAACGUGAACGGUUUGUAACUGCGGUGUUUUUUUUAAGUGUUUUAGUUAUAAGUCAAAGGUUCCAUUUUUUAAUUUGUAUCGUCUCCUUAACGUCUUGUUUUAAUAUAGUAAGCGGUUUUUGCGUAUCACUUGUGGUAAUUGGGUAACAUCACGUGUUUGUGAUAUGUAUAUUGCUCUUGAUUUAAGUCCAAGACGCUAUUUAUUUAAUAUGUUAAAUGCUUCAUAUGUGUGUAACUUUCUUGAGUGUCUAUUAGUCAAUCUAUAGUUAUAAACAAACAUUGUUUUGUUUUUUAAAUAUUUAUUUGUUGAACAAAAAUGACGAAUAAAUAUAUUUAGGAUACACGCAGCUCUUAAAUUAUUAUAAUAUUAUUAAUUUGUUUUAUUUUAUUUUCAUAAUCUUUUAUUAUUUAUAUUUUAUUUAUUUAAUUGAUAUAAUUUUGUUAUUAAUACUAUUCCAGUUUGUGUAUGGUAACACAGUGAUAUUUUGUAGAGAGUUUAUUAAAACGAAUUUAACUGAGUUAUUGUAAAAAAAAAUGCAAUAUUUGUAUGAGUUUAAUUGAGGAAUAAUUAAUAAUAUAUAUUUUUUUUUAUUUUGGUAUAUUUUUAUUAUUUACUCAUAUGUAAAAUAAUAUUGUACCUAUGUCACAGCAAACUGCGAAUACUCGGCGUUAAACUAGCGGCAUGUAAAUAAUGCCAGCUAAAUCAAUAACUUAAAAAAAAAAACUCGGACGAAAGUCGCUGUUGGUAUGACUCUAGAUCUCUGCCUAAUCAUUCGUAUGCUUAUUAUGAUUACUAUAUUUUACUCUCAAUAGAUGGCUCUAUGUUCCAAUUCAAUAAAUUUUCCGAUAAAUAAUAAAUUAUUUAUUAAACACUGUA